GGACCACAGUCACUUGGUGAGAGAUCCCAAGAAUCAAACCCUGAGGGACUCCACAUGUGGUGAUCUGUUCAGAUUUAUGGUCACCAGCACUCAACACGGUCUUAUUCAAUGUAAACUCAUUCAUUGGGCUCAUUAGACUAACAAGAGCAAGAUUAUCCAAAAUUUAGAAGGACAUGAGCCCUAACUGUGUGAGAUGUACCCAGUCUCUUGAAAAUCAUGCACACAUGUUUUGGUGUUGCCCAUCUCUUUUUGGUUUCUGGAAAGACAUCUUUUACGCACUCUCUGAAAUAAGUGGCACACAGAUCGAAAAUGACCCUUUUAUUGCAUUAUUUGGGGUUUCAUCACCCACAUUCCAACUGACUGUACUCCUAAUAACUUAAUCCACUAACUUACUUACUAGUACUAACUGUACUGAAAGGUUCAGCUACAAAAAGGACACACAGUCACUGCAUGGCACAGCUUUAACGUAUAAGGUAACUAUCUCAUAUGACCUUACACGCUUACAAGCUACAAUGGUAAUUUGAAAAUGUGCCAUGCUGUGGCACUACAAGAACAGUAUUUAAACUUUCAUGACAUGCUGCGAAACUUGUCUUGGAGUUUGUUUGCUUUUGAAACUUCUCGGGAGCAAAAUGUCUUUCCUGUGCAGUUUCUAGUGACACAUGAAAACAUGAAAAGGUCACUUGGAGUUAGAAACUCGUUAAAUAGUUGUCUGAUUAAAAUGUUCUGUGAUGUCAGAGAGAGACAAACAAUGGGCUAUUCUACUGAUUCGCCAUAUAGAAAUUUACUAUGGCAAAUGAACUCUGCACUGAUGACAGCUCAGUCUGACUCAUCACAUCAGUGACAACAAGUAUUGCAGAUUAGGUUUCACUUUUUCAGCUUGUUAAUUGGUUUAUGUUCAUGUUAAAUAUGAAAAUAUAAAGAAUUUUUAUGAUACUCUAAUUAAAACCUUUUUUAUAAUUUCACUGCCAGCUAAAGCUUGAGUGGAGGUGUGUGUCUUCAACAUCCGCUUUCAAGAAGCGGGUUUUGUAGCAUUUGUGUGGUUGUAUCUUGCAGAUUCAUCAAGAGUAUGUGGUUUUGUUUCCAUUUGCAAGUCCAUAUGCAAAGGUAUAUGUCAUGUUCUUACUGGCAAAACAAUAUAAAGCUGCAUAGUUUCCGACCACAGAGUCUACCUAUUUUCCAAUUAGUCCUGAAAGAAAAAAAAAAGCCCAGAUAUAGGUUAAUAACAUGCCAAAAUAGCUCUAAAGUGGUAUUUCCUUAAAGAUGAUAAUGAAAGAUGUUUCCUAAAAACAUUUAUAAUGGAGCAGGGAGUUGUGCAGAUGGAAAAUCCCUUUUUGUCAGUUUUAUUGUCUGUUGUUAUAAUGAACGAAAUGCAUCGUAAUGUAUAUAUACAAUAUAUAUGUUAUUAUUUAUUUCAUAUAAAUCAGAUGAACUCACUUAUUUAGUGUAUUGUUGAGGACCAUCAUCAAUAGCUAUAUCAAAAUCUAUAUUUUAAUUAAAAGUUCUGUCAAAAAUGUAAAAUCUGUUUGAACAAUUUAAUUACCUGAUAAGAAAUUAGUGAAGUAUUUAACUUCAGUAUUUAAUAGGUGACUGUGAGAAAGUAGCAUUUAGCCUUUAAAGGGGCUUUAUGCUUAUUAAUAAAUCACAUUUUUACUGCCUAUUUGUCAAGGGGCUGUAACCUGUUUUCUAUGUUGUUUGGAACAGCCACUAUUCUGCUUCUUAUGUGAGGGAAUCAUGUCUGGUUCUGAGUCCACUAACACCAUAAAACGGCUCCCAGACAGAGAUGUCAACACAGACUUCAACAUAUACUCCCCGUAAGGACAACAACACCAACAAAGCCCAUCGGGUCAAAUGAGAAUCAAAACGGCGUCGGGUGAAAACACAGUCAUCAUCAGAAAGGCUUGUUUUGGAACUCACAAAAGCGACACGGAGUUGUCUUUCAUCCUGUUCGAUAGGUAAACUAACAUUACUGCAAAGCAUUUGAAACAUAUUGUGAUUUUGUGCUUUAGUUGGCUCAAGUUAGAUAACAUUAGCUCGGUGGCUAACGCUGACCAGUUGCUAAUGUUAUCUGGCGCAAAAUAGUAAAGGCUAUCGUUAGCACAGAUCUGCAGCGGUUUGCUCCGUAACAAUCAAUUUAGAUUUGUUGUCGUUUUACCAAUACUAUACCAUACCAAUACACAGCUUCUUCACUGUCUCAGUCGCUGUAACUCACGUGAACCACAUAGUAUACGAUACUACAACAUAACAGCGCAGCACAACAACAGAGUGGAAGAGCCAUUCACUACAAUAACGUUACUGCGGUCUAACUGUUAGUCUGGCAACAAUCUCAUUUAUGAUAUUCAGUCUAGCUCACCAACCAUUUUCAUUAUCAUCCAGUACAUUUAGCUGUGCUCACAUUGCUGAGCCUCCAGUGAAAGAUAUACAAAUAACGUUAGUUACUGAAAUUCAAUUUUAAUUUUAAUUCAUUUAUUUAAAAGGGACAGUGCACAUUAAUGUGCAUCAAUGACGUAAGUAUGCCAGAAUUAGCCAUAAGGCUACUUUUCAUCUGUAAUCCCUGGUACAAGCGGCAGGCGAGCUAACUCCAAUGUAUCACGUUGGCUAAAGGCUGUCAAUAUAAAGUUUUCAUAUAAUUCAAUUCAAUUCAAUUUUAUUUAUAUAGUGCCAAAUCACAACAACAGUUAUCUCACAGCGCUUUUCAUAAAAGAGCAGGUCUAGACCAUACUCUGUGAUGUUAUUUACAGAAGCCCAACAAAUAUAACAAGCAUGGAUUAGUUCAACCUCAAGCUGAUAAAAAAAGAAAAGUAGAAAUAUAAUGCAGUAUCUUUGAACACCCACAAUCUGCUCACCAUAGAGAGGUUUACUUGGUGAGGGGGUUUAAUGCUAAUUCUUGUGUAACUAAAAUGCCAAGCAUGUCUGUCAUAUAAAAUGUUUCUUUAAAUUUAGCACAUUAGCAAUUUGCCAUUUACUGUAAAAUAUAUUUACAUAUGUUGUACUUUCUAAACAGAAAGCAGUAGGCCCAUUUUAAACUAUUAAUAUGUUGAGUGUUACAGUCCAUUCAUGACCUUGGAAACAUGAGUUUUUUUAUUUUUUUUAAAUCUUAACUCGGGGUCCAGUUGUUAGCUUUAUGCUUCAAGAUUGAAGGGGAAACCUGAUUUGAGCUUUGAGACAUCAAAACAUCAAAACAAUACAUGAGUGCUAACUGGCAAACUAUAACUUAUUAUUAUCCUUUUUCUUUUGUUAUGUUCAUGCCCUUUUAUUGUAAUUGUAAAUUGGGGUGGUGAUAAGACACAUACCUGUGGUGUGAGAGACCUGGGUUCAAUUCCCCACUGUGACCCAUCUACUAAUGUGUCCCUGAGCAAGACACUUAACCCCUAGUUGCUCCAGAGGCGUGUAACCUCUGACAUGUAUAGCAAUUGUAAGUCGCUUUGGAUAAAAGCCAAAGGAAUAAAUGUAAAUGUUACAAAUAAGUAACACAUUACAAAACAUUAUUAGUUUGUGCAUUUAACAUAGGCUAUUAGUGGCCUCACUCUUUUUAAGGAUUUUUAUAAAGCCCCGGAUCUCAAAAAGGGUUUUUUAAAAGCAUAAACAAGAAUAAUACUUUUUUAAAAAUAGCCCCCUUUCUAUUUAUCUAUCAUCCAGAUCUCUUCACAAUAAUUUUAUAUCAGUCAGUCCUCUGUCCAAGCAGCAGAUCAAACGUUACUCCACACUGACGUUACUCACGAGAGGAGAGAGACUGGAUUCUAAAGGAGAAAACAUAUCUGAAAGCAAUAGGCUACAGGAUGCCCGAGAGCCUUAUGGCAUUAUAUUUUUGGAUUUUGAAUUGUCACCUGCUGUCUGAAUUUUGUGUUUCCCUUUACAAAAAUAAAGACACUUCCACCAUAAAUUGGUGCAGAAAAAUUUACCAAAAUGCAGGAAAGUCAGUGUUUAACGCUUAAAUUGUUCUGGAGACGAUCCCCAGAACCCCCUGACUAAUAUUAUUAUUUUUGGUAAUAAUAUUAAUUGUAGUAAUUAUAAUAAUACGUUGAUUUAUGUAGCCUAUAAUAUUUAUCAAAUAAAAUGUAGCUCAAUGACUUAGGUGAUGAUUCAUCUAGACACAUGGCAUAAGUUAGCAGAAGCAAAUGAGACAAUUACAGUUACAAUUAUUGUUUUGUUGUAGGUUGAUACUUUUGCACACUACUUCAAGCAGUGUGAGGGCCAAACAACACCCUUGGAAAAGCGUGGGUUUUUCACCUUUAUAAAGGUGGUGUCUCCUCUGGGGAGUUUUUAUGUCUCACUCUCUGAGGUGUUUCACAAGGGAGAGUAUUGAAUAUGGUUCUGCUCAAACUGCUUAUAUUCACUUUGACUUUUAAUAAACUCAUUAUUGAUGUAGACGCUAAGACUUGCCCAAAAGGUCAAAGAACAUCUAUCAACGGACUUCACUGUGAAAACUGCCCUGAUGGAUUAUACCAGCCUGAAGAGAAUGAUUCCAAACGUUGUGAACCAUGUACAAAAUGUGAUGGAGAUUCAGGGAGUGAUGUUAAAGUGAAGUGCACGGCAGAGACAAACACAAUAUGUGAGUGUCGUGGAAAAUUUGUUCCCAGUGACAGUGAUUCUUCCACUUGCAAAUGUGACAUUGGAUUUGGAAAAAACCAAAGAGAAUGUGAAGAAUGUGAAGAAGGAUAUUUCAGCAAAAGUAUCAACUCUCGAUGUGAGAAAUGGAAAGUAUGUAAAUCAGGAGUGAAUAUUACUGGAACCAAGACCUCAGAUGUUAUCUGCAAUGAUGAUUCAAAGAGUACUUAUGUCACUACAUCCCCCGUGUCAAACAGAAAUGUUCCUCUAAUCACACGCUUAACACCCCACCAUCCACUUGAGAGGAGCACAGACUCACCCAAUCCCACAUCUGCUCCAGAACCCGCUGUCACCUCAAAAGACCCCAUUGGUAUGGCCCUCCUCAUUUUUGGAAUUGUUGGACUGCUUGUACUGACCACUGUGACCUGCAAGCUGCACAUAACGUUUUGCAUGCCAAGAAAACCACCAGUACAACCAAGGGACUCAUUGUGUCGGAAGCCAGUUGAGGAAAGCGGCAAUGGCAGUCUGUCUUCUCUCAAACUGAAUCCAGAGGAGCCCUAAGGUGAAAACCUAAAAUGUGCCAUCUCAUACUGUGAAUUUUAAGAUCAGAAAAUUAUCACAUGAAUAAUUUCAGACUGAUCACUUAUAUUUUCCUUAAAUAGUUGGUUUUUCAUUAGAAAAUACAUCAGAAAAACUAUUUACUGUAUACCAGGUGUAUUCACAAUCUGCAGUGUUGUCAAUAUUUGACUUUUGUUUGUUCUGUUGUGAUAGAAUAAUGGGAGAAUUAUAUGAAAGAUUUCUAUGUAUCUUACAUCACUUUUCGUUGUUAACUGUAAUUCAAGUAGGUUAUGCCUUCUUUGGAUUGAUCAUACCAAAUGAUCAUACGAUCAUGUAUUACACAAAACAUUCACUUUGUAUGUUAAUAUUUAUUACAAAUUUGGAUAUGCAGGUCUUUGUACAACGACCUCAGAGCUCAUGCCACUAAACACCUUAUAGUACUAUAUUACAUACAGUCCUUCAAAAAUGCACAUAUAAAUAUUUCCCACUUGUUAUAUGUUAUAUAGUUUAAUGGGGAAAGUGACACAUUUCUGAGAAAUAUACAGUGUGAACAAUAUUGUAGUAAAGGCAGUAAGAAUGAAUACUGUUUAAAAACUAUUUUGAACUGCUGCAGAGCCUUAGAACAAGAUUUUACUUCCUUCAUGCUAUGUUUCUAUUUUUGUCAUGUUUUGUUUCUUCAGCUCUGUUCCACUGGUAGCAGGUCUGUUAAAAUUAUGUGGGUUGGGGGAGUUCUCCUUGUGGAGUCAAAUGUGUCUCUUUUCCCCGCCGAGCGAUACCUCCUCUCAUGUUUUCACUUCAGCCGUUGGAAAGAUCGAUGUUAAAUGUGAGGACUUUCAUGUUGUUUAUGGCUCACUUGGUACUUUCCCCAGAUGAGUAAGUCAGAGGAGUUAUGAAAGCAUGCCCUCAUUCAAGUUAUGUUUUAAGAAGAAAUUGGAUACAUAAGCCUUCAAAUCACAGCUAGUGUGGGGUGUACCUGGCUGGCUCUUUGUGACUAGAAGGAUUUACUUGUAAAAAGCUGCAGUGUGGUUCCAACUCAUUGGUUCCUUUGACAGCGCCAUCUGUUGGAAUACUUCUGAAAUGAAAUGAAAUUUCUUACUCAGGUAAAAACAGCGGCCCUGAUCAUUUACUCAAGUGAAAAAACCAAGGCAGAACUGUAAAAAUACUCUGUUACAAGUUAAAAUGCUACCUUUAAAAUCUUCUUCGAGAAACAGUUUCAAGGUAAUAACAGUAAACUCUUUCUGCAGAAAAAUGGACAAUAUAUAUCAUACCUCACAUAUUAUUAUUGUUAAUACUGAUGCAUCAAUGUGCAUGCAGCAUUUUACUGUUGUCGCUGGUUGAGGGGGAGUGACUGUCUUUGGUUCCCAAUCUAGGGGUCCGGUCCCUUCAAAAGGGUCACCAGAUAAAUCUAAGGUUGUUGUAAGAUGAUUAAUUGGGUAGGAAAAUAAGAAAAAGUUCUGAUGCACAAAUCUGUUGUCAGUUUUUGUACGUUUCUCUGUUUUUGUGUGAAAUAUUUGAUCAUUUGAAGACUUAUUUAAGGGAAAUCUGAGAAGUCUAGAGGGGAAGUGUCUUUUGUUAACUGCUAUCAACUCAUAGACAUCUGAAAUGUAAAAGAAGCCCCAACUGGACACUGCUUUUAUGUAAGAGGUUAGUUUCUAUCUGACUCUUAUUGUAUAGCACAUUUUUUGUCAAAUAUUUUGACUCUGAUAUUUAUUCUCUGUGAUGCCCUGAGAGUGUGUGAAUAAAGACUUUUUAAAUACACGUG